AGUUUGUAGGUUAUCCCUUUUGUCAAAUUUAAAAUAUACAUUUAAGUGCUUGCGUUAUUUUCAAUUUAGCAACAGCGUUUGAAUCUCUUAUGGCUUUAUAAGAACCGGCGUCAAAAUGCAAACUAAAUUGUUCCUUACAUACGCUGCGGGCAUAUUCGUUUCGUACUUCUACUUCGGCAUAUUGCAGGAAAAAGUAACCAGAGGCAAAUACGAAUAUGAGACGGUGGAAGACGGAAAAUCGGUAACAAAAAUCGAAAAGUACACGUGUACAUUAACCCUUGUUUUCGUGCAAUGCAUCAUCAACUAUAUUAUAGCUACAAUUGUGCUCCGAACGAAAAACCACCCUGAGGACAAGACUCCCAGAUUGUACUACGCGAGCGUGUCUUUGACGUACUUGUUGGCUAUGGUGUGUUCCAAUAUGGCACUGCAGUGGGUGCCGUAUCCGACGCAGGUUGUGGGUAAAUCAGCUAAGCCUAUUCCGGUGAUGAUUUUGGGGGUGCUGAUAGGAAGGAAGUCAUACACAUUACAAAAGUACUUUUUUGUUCUUAUGAUUGUUGUGGGUAUUGUGUUGUUUAUGUUAAAAGAGAAGGCAGGUUCUGCCAGCCAAGAAACUUUGGGGAUUGGGGAGCUCCUGUUGUGCCUUUCCUUGACCAUGGAUGGUCUUACUGGUGCUGUACAGGAACGAAUGAGGGCAGAAGCAAAGCCAUCAGGCUUACAAAUGAUGAAGACGUCAAAUGCCUGGUCAGUUAUGUAUCUGGCUGCAGCAGUAACUCUGACUGGAGAUAUAUUCCAGUUUAUUGAGUUUGCUGGAAGACAUCCAUCUGUUAUUUACAACCUGGUAUUUCUGGGUCUCACCUCAUCUAUAGGAAACCUCUUCCUAUAUUCUAUGGUGUCUGAUUUUGGACCACUGCCUGUAUCAAUAGUUACUACAACCCGAAAAUUCUUUACAGUUUUAGCUUCAGUUCUAUUGUUUGGUAAUAGCUUAAGUAUAAGACAAUGGUCAGGUGCCGCAAUCGUGUUCAUAAGUUUGUUUUUGGACGCGUAUUAUGGAAAAAAGCCACAAAAACAGAAAUAAAACAUAUCCAAUUGGUGUGAAAAUGUGUGGUCUGAUUCAUCUUCGUUUUUUUUCUAAUUUUAUGUCGUAAAUACAUAUUGUUGUUUACUUGUUGGUUGCUGUAAAUAUUUUUGAUAGGAUUGUAAAAAAGCAACUGUGAUAAAAACGUCGUAGUUGCAGAAAUCAUCCGUUUUAAUUUUAUUAAUACGAGU